ACCAGAACCAGAACCCAACAAAACAACAGCAACCCUCCCUCUAUUAAAAAAAUUAAUUAAAAAAAAAAAAAAAAAAAGGAGGAAGACAAAAUGCUCAAUCUUUGGAACUCCCUCUUCCUCUUCUUCCUCUGUUCUUCAUCUAUCAAUGGGGGUUAUGCCGGCACCGGAGAGAAAUCCGGGGAUUUCUCGCUUUCUGGGAACCCAUUCACGCCAAAGGCGUCUUUAAUUCGAUAUUGGAAUAAGGAAAUCAGGAGCGAGAUACCCAAAUCCCAUUUUCUUCUCUCUAAGGCAUCCCCACUCAACGCUGUUGAUUCCGCCACAUACUCCAAACUCGCGGCGCAGAAUGCCCUAUCUUCGCACCUCCCCGCCUUCUGUACGGCGGCGGAACUGUUUUGCUUCCCUGAUUUGGCACCGAGUCUGGAGAAGCAUGAUAAGGACUCGAAUUUUGCAGUGUAUUUGGACAAGAAUUUCACCAAUUACGGAACGGGUGGAAUUGGUGGGACCAAUUCGUUCAAGAACUACUCAGAGAAUGAUAAUGUUAUUGUUGACUCGUUCCGCCGAUACAGUCGUGACUCGGCGGGUCAUAAGGAGCGGUUUUCCAAUUACGCCUCUGAGAGCAACGUUGUGGACCAGAGCUUCAACACCUACGCCGCCGGCGCAACUGGUGGCUCCGGUGAUUUCACCAACUACAAUAAAGAAGUGAACAACCCAAAUCUCAGAUUCACUUCUUAUUCCGAUGACGCCAAUGGCCACGGCCAGAAGUUUUCCGCUUACACGGAGAACGCCAACGCCGGGAACGGCCAGACUUUCAUGAGUUAUGGGAAAAAGGGAAACGGGCUUCCGAAUGAGUUCAAGAAUUACGGUGUGGGAUCCAAUGUGGUUGGGUCGACUUUCAACAAUUACGGUGAGACGGCGAAUGGGGCCAAUGAUACCUUCAUUUCUUAUGGGUCUGACGGCAAUGUUCCUCAGAAUAAUUUCAGAACCUAUGGAACUGGAGGCAAUGCUGCCGUCGAUAGCUUCUCGAAUUACAGAGACCAAUCCAAUGUGGGUGAUGAUUCUUUCCAAUCAUAUGCCAAGAAUUCAAACUCCGCCAAGGUUAAAUUCAACAACUAUGGUGAUUCUUUUAAUGAAGGUUCGACUAAGUUCACCGGCUACGGCGAGGCUGCGAAGGGGAACUCCAUUGAUUUCAAGGUCUACGAGAGAACGCCAACUUUCAAAGAAUACGCCAAGAAAGGCGUCACCUUUGCCAGGUACAACAAUGGGAGCGCUGCUAAAACCGGUCAAAUGGCCACCGCCGUCAGGAGUGGCAGUUCCGUAAAUAGAUGGGUGGAACCGGGCAAAUUCUUCCGGGAAUCAAUGCUGAAGAAAGGAACAGUAAUGCCCAUGCCGGACAUUAGAGAUAAAAUGCCCAAAAGGGCGUUUUUGCCCCGGACGAUCAUCUCAAAAUUACCAUUUUCCACCUCCAAGAUCGCCGAACUGAAGCAAAUCUUCCACGCCGCCGACAACUCCUCCUUGGAAAGCAUGAUGCUGGAUGCCCUCAAGGAGUGCGAGCGAGUGCCGAGUGCUGGGGAGACCAAGCGGUGCGUGGGGUCGGCCGAGGACAUGAUCGACUUCUCCACCUCGGUUCUCGGCCGCAACGUGGCGCUCCGGACGACGGAUAACGUGAAUGGAUCAAAAAAAAACAUCAUGAUCGGAUCAAUCAAGGGAAUCAACGGUGGAAAAGUCACCAAAUCAGUCUCAUGUCACCAGAGCUUGUACCCGUAUUUACUCUACUACUGCCAUUCGGUUCCUUCGGUUCGGGUCUACGAAUCGGAUAUCCUGGAUCCGAAUACCAAGGAGAAAAUCAACCACGGUGUUGCCAUCUGUCACUUGGAUACAUCCGCUUGGAGCGCGGGUCAUGGAGCGUUCUUGGCACUAGGGUCGGGUCCGGGUCGGAUCGAGGUUUGCCACUGGAUAUUCGAGAACGAUUUGACUUGGACCAUUGCUGAUUAAUGAUUUGGGUUAAGACCAUUAGCUAAGUUAAUGGUGAUUAAGAAGUCUUAAUCUUGCUUAUUAUUAUUAUUAUUAUUAUUAUUUUUUAAACUUUCUGCUUAAUUUUAAGAAGUGCGAUACAGGCUUUUCCUGAGAUGCUUGCUUGGGUCCGGUUUAAUUCUAUUACAUGCAUCUUUUCUCUUUUACUUUUAGUUGGACUUUAUCUUUUAAACUUAUGAAAGGAUUAAGGAAAGAAAGAAUUUGAUUUGCA